AGCUGGACACCAGCUGCGCAUGCGCAGUGGAUCUCUCUGGGUCCCCGUAAAGAUGUCUGAGCAGGCGGGGAGGGAGCGGAGCGGAGGACCCGAAACAAGCGGACAGAACCUGCGACUCUCUGCAACUAAACCGGCUAAGGUAGGUGAUGUGUUUCUGACGGGCUGCGGAGAUGUCCAAUGACAGCCAGCCAUCGGUGAAGGGGGAGGCGUCUCCUUCUAGCUCCGCCUCCUCCCAGGACCCGCCCCUUUCCCCCUCCACCACCUCCAAACCACCGGAGCUCCCAGAUGAGCUGGUCCAGGCUGGGUGGUCUAAGUGCUGGUCUUGCUGGUCUAGGAGGGAGAACCGACCCUAUUACUUCAACAGAUUCACCAAUCAGAGCCUGUGGGAGGUGCCGGUGCUGGGCCAGCAUGAUGUCAUCUCUGAUCCUUUAGGUCUGAAUGCGGCUCCAGCAGAGGGUGGAGCUGGAGACGGUAACCUUGGUAACGGCCAGAGGAAGAGGAGGAUCUCUGAGGAGCAGGGGGCGGGGCCUAACAGCAUCAAACGAGUCAAGGCGGAGCCAACAACGCCCAUUUCUCCCAGCACACCCGGCGCCAAACACUGGAGCUCCGCCCCCGAGGACAAACCGCCCCUCCCGGCCACGCCCACAACCCCGAGCCCCGCCCCCGCGCCCUACAGGCCCGCUGUGAUCUACUGGGACCUGGACACCCAGACCAACGCUGUGAUCCGGGAGCACCCCCCCGCCCACCACCUGCCCCCCCACCCUGAGAUCGAGCUGCAGAGAGCGCAGCUCGUCACCAAGCUCCGCCAGCACUACCACGAGCUGUGCCACCAGAGAGAAGGCAUCGACCCCCCCCGGGAGUCGUUUAACCGCUGGCUGCUGGAGAGGAAGGUGGUGGACAAAGGUCACGACCCCCUGCUGCCCAGCGACUGUGACCCCGUCAUCUCACCCUCCAUGUUCAGAGAGGUCAUGAACGACAUCCCCAUCAGGUUGUCUCGUAUAAAGUAUAAAGAAGAAGCCAGGAAGCUGCUGUUUAAAUACGCUGAAGCUGCCAAGAAGAUGAUUGACUCCAGGAAUGCGAGUCCAGAGAGCAGGAAGGUGGUGAAGUGGAACGCGGAGGACACCAUGAGCUGGCUGCGCAGAGACCACUCCGCCAGCAAGGAGGACUACAUGGACCGUCUGGAGCACCUGAGGCAGCAGUGCGGUCCUCACGUCACCGCGGUGGCCAAAGACUCGGUGGAGGGGAUCUGCUCCAAGAUCUACCAGCUGUCUGCAGAGUACAGCCGCCGGCUGAGACAGACGCACCUGGGCCUGCUGCAGGACCCGCCCCCCACAGAGGCGUCCCCGGCGUCCUCCCAGCAGCCCCGGCUGGUCUACUGUUACCCGGUGCGUCUGGCUAUCCCGUCCCCCCCGCUGCCUCGGGUGGAGCUGCACUUUGAGAACGACAUGGCGUGUCUGCGCUUCAAAGGAGAGAUGGUGAAAAUCAACAGGGGACACUUCAGCAAGCUGGAGCUGCUGUACAGGUACAGCUGUAUAGACGACCCCCGGUUCGAGAGGUUCCUUCCCAGAGUCUGGUGCCUCCUGAAGAGAUACCAGGUGAUGUUUGGCAGCGGUGCUAACGAGGGGACGGGGCUGCAGGGGGCCCUCCCGGUGCCGGUCUUCGAGGCCCUGGUCCGACAGUUCGGCGUCACCUUCGAGUGUUUCGCGUCCCCGUUGAACUGCUACUUCAAACAGUUCAGCUCGGCCUUCCCAGACACAGACGGGUUCUUCGGGUCCAGAGGGCCGUUCCUGUCUUUCUGUCCAGUCAGCGGCUCGUUUGAAGCAAACCCUCCAUUCUGUGAAGAGCUGAUGGACGCCAUGGUGACGCACUUUGAGGGCCUGCUGGAGAAGUCCUCUGAGCCCCUGUCCUUCAUCGUCUUCGUCCCUGAGUGGCGUGACCCCGUGACCCCGGCUCUGACCCGCAUGGAGGCGAGUCGCUUCCUGAGACACCAGCUGACGGUCCCGGCCUACGAGCACGAGUACCUCGGCAGCCAGCACGUCUGCAAGAGAGAGGACAUGUACUACCGGGCGGUCCACGGCACGGCGGUCCUGUUCCUCCAGAACGAAGCGGGUUUUGUGAAGUGGGCUCCGACCGCCGAGCGUCUGGCGGAGCUGACGGCGGCGUACCGCCCCUCCCCCGGUCGCCCCCCCUCCCUGUCCUCACCUGGCCCCGCCCCCGUUGCUCCUGGAGACAAAGACUCCGCCCCCAAGGCAGCUGACAUGACGCAGAGCGCCGUGAUGUCACCGGGUGGCCAUGACGACAACAACAACAACAACAACAACAACAACAACAACAGCAGUAGCAGCAGCAGUCCCCAAGACAAGAUGGCCGCCAUGUAGCGAGGACGUGGCGUCCGUCCAGAUUGUCCCUCACCAGCACCUGUAGCACACCCUCCGCUUCUGUCCACACCCACAAUGCUGUUCUGCCGCCUCCAGGGGGCGGGGCCCAAGUUAACCCUUUCUGAUUGGUCCGGCAAUAACGCAAACCUCUUCAUUCACCCGUGAUGUCACCCGUGAUGUCACUGGAGG